CCCCUCCUGUACCCCCAGUACUGAGAAUUGAAUGCAUCUCUUUGCUCAUGCUGCCUAAACAAUGCCUCUUUAUUUACCUUGUGUUUGUUUGAGACAGGGUUUCAUGUAGCUCAGGCUAGCUUCAAACUCAUCAUGUAGCUGAGGCUAGCAUUGUACUCCUGAUCCUUGUGCCUUCACUUCCUGAGUGCUGCACCAUUGUGCCCGAUGUCUGUGGUGCUGGGGAUCAAACCCCGCUUUGUGACGGUAGGCACUCUACAUCCUGAGCUCUGUUUACCUUCGUCCAUCAUCCUGUUCUUACUCACAGCUAGUAAGCACUCUCCUCUGGACUCACUCACUGUUCAUGGAAUUCAAUGUGCUGUGUGGUUCUAGGCACUCACUGCCUGUGAGGAGACAGCUGUGUAUCUUAGGAACAGGGAUAUUUAAACACCACCUCCUGGCAGCCAGCGAUGAGGCUGCUCCCUGUGGCCAGAGUUUGGCACUCACUCUAGCUUGCCAUGCAAGAUAGGUACUAAUCCAAAAACGCUCUCACAUACAGAGGUGCAGAUGUUGUUGGCGUUCGGAAACGAGUUCAGGGUGUGUACCACUGUGGUAAGAGCUGAGGGAACGGCAGGCAGGCAGAGAGAGCAUGGGUAGUGCAUGUUGUUCUAUCCUGACUAGAGCUUGAAAUCCAAGGGUGCUCUCAGACCUUCAGGAAGUGGGAUUCGGGAAGCGGGAGUGGGGGAAACCGGAGGGGAGAGAGGUGAUGUCACUUCAGCGCUGCUGUUCUUGCUUGCCCACCUUUAGAGCUCUGGCUGAUGGUGUGACCUCCAUCCAGCAAGUGUUUCCCGGGAGGAGGAUGUGUAAUAGGAUUGUGUGAUAGGAUAGUCCAUCGGGGAAGGAAGAACAACAAUAUUCUCCCUCCCAUCUCCAGCUUCCGUUUCCUUGGAGAAAGAGUUAACAUGGCCGGAGCCGAGGAAGCGGUCGACGGAGGUGGUGACAAGCGUCCUCCCUUUGCUGGUGGGAAGUCUGUGCUGUGCUUCGGGCAGAACCAGUACACAGCAGAAGAGUACCAGGCUAUCCAGAGGGCUCUGAGGCAGAGGCUGGGCCCGGAGUACAUCAGCAGCCGCAUGGCUGGAGGAGGCCAGAAGGUGUGUUAUAUUGAAGGUCAUCGGGUAAUUAACCUGGCCAAUGAGAUGUUUGGUUACAAUGGCUGGGCACACUCCAUCACCCAGCAGAAUGUGGAUUUUGUUGAUCUCAACAAUGGCAAAUUCUACGUGGGAGUCUGUGCAUUUGUAAGGGUGCAGUUAAAGGACGGUUCCUAUCAUGAGGACGUGGGUUAUGGAGUUAGUGAGGGCCUCAGGUCAAAGGCCUUGUCGCUGGAGAAGGCCCGGAAGGAGGCUGUGACGGACGGGCUGAAACGGGCACUAAGGAGUUUUGGUAAUGCACUUGGAAACUGCAUUCUGGACAAAGACUACCUGAGGUCACUAAAUAAGCUUCCACGACAGCUCCCUCUUGAAGUGGAUUUAACUAAGGCAAAGAGAGAAGAUUUUGAACCAUCUGUGGAACAGGCAAGAUAUAACAGCUGCCGACAGAAGGAAGCACCGGGACCCCCAAGAGCACAAGAAGCAACUUCCCCUUGCAGACCAAGCCACCCACGCGACUCAGACCUUAGGCUGCAGGGGGCUAAGGACUGCAGCAGCUCCUGCAGCAGCAGCAGCAGUCUGGCCGCCACCGUGGAGAGGGAUGCUGUUCACCAGCGGAAGCUCCGGAAGCUCCGGCAGAGGCAGCUGCAGCAGCAGUUCCGGCAGCAGAUGGGGUUGCCCCUGCCGGGCCACACACCUGCCGCAGAGGUGGAAGCUGAGUGUCAGGCUGUGCCUCCAGCCCCUCCUCCGGAACACAGUACCCCCCAAUCUGCUGCCUCAGAACUCCUCAGGGAGAGAGCCGCCUGCCCAGCUAACCCUGAAGACAACCUUGAAAUGUGGGACCUGACUCCAGAUUUAGAGGACAUCAUUAAGCCCUUGUCUAGAUCAGAACCACCCCAAACCUCUGCCACCGGAGCCCUUAACAACCAGGAGGUGAUCCAGGAUGGCGUCCUUUGCCACCAGAUGCCACCAGAAAAACCUGGAGCCGGGCACCUGCAGACCAGCAGCACUCACCAGCAUGUACUAGGACACUCUGACUCUCAUAGGAAGAGCCAGGACCUGAAGAAAAGGAAACUUGAUCCAUCCUGAAGCUGGAAUCUGUCAUGAAAGUUUGGAAAACUGCAGUUUGGUUACAAAAUUGUUCCCAAGGCUUUAUACCUUGUUUUAUUCUGAACUCAUUAGAGGACUUUAGAGCGUAUUAAUGGAGUACUUUAAAGAGGUCGUCAUGCCAUACCCUGUGAUGGGAGGGAGGCCAACAGAUAAGAUGCCUUUCCUUUGGCUUUGCAAGUUUUUCAGAACUAUUCACCCCCAAACUACUGUAUUAAGAGAUUUUUAGUUUUUAGGCUGCCUUCUGUUGUUUAGUGAUAGAGCCCAUCUAAGCACCAGCUUCAUCGUCACCUACAUAAUUAAUUAUAUGUGAGCUCAUCUUUCCUUUGGCUUUGAGGUGUUAAUGUUUUCCACUAAGUGCUAACCAGUAAGGCCAUGGCGGUGUUUCAGGAUCACACAUGGAUUCAUUCAUGUCAACAGAAGCCUCCCUUUAUCCAGAGAGAAGUGCCAAGACGUACAGGGGGUGCUUAAGUGUCGGAUUUAGGUCUUCUCCAUUCUCGGCACUUACCAUGUCCUGUGGUUGUAUGUAGUUUGUAUGCAGCAGGGAGGCCAGCGUGAAUUCUUUUCAACUUUACAUGAUUAAAUUUUAAUAAAGACUACAUCUCAAAA